CGCUACUCCGUUAAAAAAUCCAGACCGUAAAAGAACAAAACGCAAUUUGGUGGAAGACCAAAAUAGUGUUUAAGUGUUGCUCCAUACCGGGGAAGAAGAACCCUAAUUCUUUAUUUUCCCCUUUUUCUGUUCGCUCAAUUCUAAGCGUUUUCUAUUUGCUCAAUCUUUCUCUGCAAUCAAUCCCCUUCGACUUUGCUCAAUUAUUUGCCACAGAUUAGCCUUGAAAGAUGUCGGAAUACCAGGAUGAUCCUGAUAAAAAUGGUUCAUCUCCGCAACCUCAAGAAAAUGAUCACAGGGGUGUAGAUGAGAACAGUGAUGCUAAAUCUCAGCAUGGCUCGCGUGAUCAUGAGAGGAGUUCUUCAAGAAGUAGAGAGAGGGACAGGGAGAAGGGACGGGAGAGAGAUCGGGAUCGAGACAGGGAUAGAGAGAAGGACAGGGACAAGGAGAGAAGUAGAGAUAGGGAUAGGGACAAGGAUAGGGAUAGAGAUAGGGAGAGAGACAAAGGCAGGUCUCGUGAAAGGGAUAGGGAUAGGGAUCGGGAUCGGGAUCGUGAUCGUCACAGAGAUAGGCAUAGGGAUAGGAGUGAUAAAAGUGAUCGCCACAGAGAUAAAGACAUUGACGAUGAUUACUACAAAAGCCGAGAUCGCGAUAGGCAGAGAGAUUAUGAUCGUGAUAGAGAUGAUAGACACAAACACAGAUCUCGUUCAAGGGGAAGAUCCGAGCAUAGGUCCAGGUCUCGAUCUCGUUCUCGCUCCAAAAGCAAAAGGAUAAGCGGGUUUGACAUGGCACCUCCUUCUUCUGCAAUGCUAACCACAGCUGCAGCCUUCACAGGUCAGAUUCCUGGAACAGCUCCAACAAUCCCUGGAAUGUUCCCAAACAUGUUACAAUUGACUCAAGGGCAGUCAUUAGGAGCUCUUCCCAUUAUGCCUAUGCAAGCUAUGACUCAGCAGGCUACUCGGCAUGCUCGGCGAGUAUAUGUUGGCGGACUUCCUCCUUCAGCCAAUGAACAGUCAGUGGCAACCUUUUUUAGUCAUGUUAUGGCUGCAAUUGGAGGAAAUACUGCCGGACCAGGUGAUGCUGUUGUCAACGUUUAUAUUAAUCAUGAAAAGAAGUUUGCUUUUGUUGAGAUGAGGUCUGUGGAGGAAGCUAGUAAUGCUAUGGCAUUAGAUGGUAUCAUAUUUGAGGGUACACCAGUUAAGGUGAGAAGACCUAGUGACUACAACCCAAGUCUUGCUGCAACCCUUGGUCCUAGUCAACCCAAUCCAAAUCUGAACUUGGCUGCUGUUGGACUGACACCUGGGUCAGCUGGUGGACUCGAGGGCCCAGAUCGCAUUUUUGUUGGUGGGCUACCUUACUACUUAACUGAAUCGCAGAUUCGGGAGCUAUUAGAAUCUUUUGGACCCCUUCGUGGUUUUGACCUUGUGAAGGACAGAGAAACUGGGAACUCAAAGGGUUAUGCCUUUUGUGUUUACAAUGAUCCCUCAGUCACUGAUGUAGCCUGUGCAGCUCUGAAUGGAAUUAAAAUGGGUGAUAAAACACUCACAGUUAGACGUGCUAAUCAGGGAGCAGUCCAACCAAAGCCUGAGCAAGAGAUUGUAUUGCAGCAUGCUCAACAGCAGAUUCUGUUGCAGAAGCUCAUGUUUCAACCUGGACCACUUCCCACCAAAGUUGUGUGCUUGACCGAAGUAGUUACUGCUGAUGAUCUUAAAGAUGAUGAUGAGUAUCAAGAUAUAAUGGUAGACAUGAAAGAGGAAGGUGAAAAGUUUGGUUCUUUAGUGAGGGUUGACAUCCCACGACCAGGACCAAAUGGAGAACUUGCACCUGGGGUUGGAAAGGUGUUUCUGGAAUAUGCUGACACAGAAAGUUCCUCUAGAGCACGAGCAGGAAUGAACGGAAGGAAAUUUGGCGGAAGCCAAGUGGUUGCAGUGUUUUAUCCUGAAAAUAAAUUUGCAGAGGGUGUCUAUGAUGGGUAGAACUUAAUUGCAUUUCCUACCUCAUGUACUAUUAUUAGCGCCAUUUACUGAUUUUAGUUACAAUUGUAGGCUACGUAUAUCCUUGGAUUUCGUUGCAUUUGUCCUAUGUAAAAUUUUACCAGAAUGUCGAUAUCUGUAUGUUUAAUAUUUCUGUUGCUAAUAAUACAAUUAACUAUGCUUGAUUUUUGGAAA